UGUGUGUGAUAAAAGAAGAAAAAACCUAUACAUACAAUCUAUACAUACACCAAUCUCAAUCUUUCUCUUCAUUGAAAGAUUUGUUUUCUUGAAUCGAUAUAGAUUCACAAGAUUUACACUUUCUUGAAAUUAUAUAAUAUAUUGAAAUACCAUCUUUACAGAUUGUGAUCCCACGCUUAUUUUCUUGGUAUUUGGAUGCUUUUUUUUUUUAAUGGUGGUGAGUCACUUUGAUAAGCAUUGGUACCAGUGAAAAAAUAGAAUAUUAUUGCCUGCAUUGAAGUCUUUGAGCUUAUUUUCAACCUUACUGUACCAUCUGGGUAAAAUGUCAGGCAUAGAAGGACUAGAUGGUUUUGAUGAAAUAAGAGAAAGGAGGUUAGAUCUUGAGAAUUCUGAAGAGGAGAGACGACGGUCUAAGAUCGGAAAUCUAAGGAAGAAGGCGAUAAAUGCUUCAAAUAAGUUCACUCACUCACUUAAGAAAAGGGGUAAAAGGAAAGUUGAUUAUAGGGUCCCUUCUGUAUCGAUAGAAGAUGUACGCGAUGCGAGUGAGGAGAACGCCGUAUGUGAACUGAGGCAAAAGCUACUUGAAAAAGACUUGCUCCCUGAAAGACAUGAUGACUAUCAUACAUUGCUGAGGUUCUUGAAGGCAAGAGAUUUUAACGUUGAGAGAACAAUCCGAAUGUGGGCGGAAAUGCUAAAUUGGCGAAAAGAGUUUGGAGCAGACACAAUAUUAGAGGAUUUUGAAUUUGAAGAACUAGAAGAAGUAUUGCAGCAUUACCCUCAAGGGUACCAUGGUGUGGAUAGAGAAGGGAGGCCAGUUUAUAUAGAAAGACUCGGGAGAGCACACCCCGGUAGGCUUAUGAAAAUUACUUCUAUCGAGCGGUAUCUAAAGUAUCAUGUCCAAGAGUUUGAAAGGGCUUUUAGCGAAAAGUUUCCUGCUUGCUCGAUUGCAGCUAAGAGGCAGAUUUGUUCAACUACAACGAUUCUUGAUGUGCAAGGCCUGGGAUUGAAGAAUUUUACUCCUAGUGCUGCAAGUAUUCUAGGAGCUAUGGCAAAGGUUGACAACAACUACUAUCCGGAGACGUUACACCGUAUGUUUGUUGUCAAUGCUGGGUCGACCUUCAAAAGAUAUAUAUGGCCUGCUGCCCAAAAGUUUCUGGACGCGAAAACCAUUUCAAAAAUUCAUGUAUUGGAACCAAAGUCAUUGGGAAAAUUACUUGAAGUCAUUGACCCAAGUCAAUUACCUGAUUUCCUUGGCGGUUCCUGCACGUGUCCUAAUGAGGGAGGCUGCCUUAGGUCUAACAUGGGUCCAUGGAAUGACCCUGAAAUAAUGAAGGUUGUGAAUAAUGCUGAAGCCACAUUUGUGAGACAAAUCACCAGAGUUUCUAGUGAUCAACAGAAAGUUGAUACUUAUGUUCAGAUACACCCAGUAAAGGGAAGAAGAAGUGAUUCAUCGACUAUAGAAUCAGGAUCAGAUGUAGACGAUCCUUGUUCUCUAACUACCCGAACUAGUUCUGUAAUUCCAAAAUUAGCAUCAGUUUGUGAAGAAGCUACGUCAUCUGAUUCGCCAGUUUAUCAUAGUUGCCAUGAACAAUUUAGUCCUGUAAAACAACUCGUUAUUUCUCCCAGUGACUCUCCAACUCUAGACAGUAGAGAAACAGCUACCGGCAUAUUAUUAGUUCAAUGGCUGGAUAUCAUUCAUGAGAAAGUUGUGAAGAGAAGCUUCAAUCGUAUAGGCAGACCGCUAGUCUCGUUAGUUGAAAAGUUGGUUGCAAUCAUAGCAAGUCUUCCCAUUAUUUAUUGGAGAGGACAGAACAAUGUAUAUCCCACUAAUGCAGUGGAAGAUGAACCAGAACCAGGGAGUAUCACAGUAGAUCGUAUGCUUCCGUUUGUUGAACGACUUCAGAAACUUGAAGAUUUACUAGAAGAGCUUAAAAAGAAGCCGGCUCAAAUACCUGCUGAGAAAGAGCAUAUGUUGAAUGAUUCUUUGGAGAGGAUCAAAUGUGUCGAGUAUGAUCUCAACAAAACUAAGACCGUACUUCAUGCCACUGUGUUAAAGCAACUUGAGAUUGCAGCUUUGAUGGAAAAUAUGCAGGAGUCUAAAUUACGUCGACGAAGGAUCUGUUGAUAUCUCAGGGGCGGCUGUGUUUUUGGCUCAUAUAAAUCGAGAAGGUGCACCCCUCGUGACGUGUAUAAACUAGUAGAGCAAAGGCGGAAGAAAUCAUAGAGAUUUACGGUAUAACUUUGUUUUAGUGGAGAAAAAAAUGAAAAGGGAUAGAGAUAGGUUUACUUGGUAUAAUAGCAUGAAAUGAAAUGAAAAAUCAAAGGGAAAAAAGCAAAACAGAAUUCAUGAAUAUAGAUCAUUCCUGGUUUUCUGGUUUGCACUUCACUUCUUCAAAUAAAACACAUUCUUGCAUUUGA